UAGUCAACCAACCAUCAACCGAGCGAACCAACAAUUCUAAAUUAUAUCGAAGAGCAGGAAUGUGCUUGUGUGAGAUUUGAAAAAACUUUUCGAACUAAAGUAACUCUAGAUUUUGUGUUGAAAAAUAUUUAAUUUAAAACAACAAAAAGGCUUUUUAUUUAUCAACAAAUUCAUCACAGUCAUUUUGAAUAGUUUAUUGCUUAAGAAAUACGCAUUCCCAAAGCAAUAAUUGACGAGGAAAAUUCAAUUCGAAAAACAACCGGCGCAACAAAAAAUAUCAAAAUUUCCGACAAAAGCAGCAACAAAAUGCGUUCCAAGAAGGGAUCCACAGAAACCAAGAGCGUUGAAGGCGGCGAUGACCCAAAGAAAGCCUCAUCCACGCCCGCCACAGAUGAAGAGUCGUCCGAGGAAGAGUACGCUGUGGAGAAGGUUGUCGACCGAAGGACGCGCAAGGGAAAGAUUGAGUAUUUUUUAAAAUGGAAAGGCUAUCCGGAUGAGGAUAACACUUGGGAGCCAGUGGAGAAUCUCGACUGCAAGGAUCUGAUUGCCGCUUAUGAGGCUGACCGCAAAAAGCGUGAAGAAGAAGCUGCCGAGAGCAGCUCAACAAAAUCAGACAAGGGUAAGCCUGCGUCAGCCGCUAAACCAGGUUCAAAACGUAAGUCAGAUGAGACAACAAAUUCAAAAGAAAAAGUCAACAACAGUUCAUCAUCAUCAGCUAAACGAAAAAAAGCUGACGACCACAACCAGGACUCGAACAACAGUACGGCGACAAAUAACACAACAAAUAACAAAAAGAAAGGCCGAAGAGAAUCAUCAAAAUCCGAUUCGGACAAUGAUUCCCCAUCAAACGAUGCAAUUGGCGCCAUGAAACCCGAAAAGAAUGGCUUCGAACGAGGCUUAGAUCCAGAGAAAAUCCUCGGAGCAUCAGACUCAACCGGAAAGCUCACCUUCCUCAUUCAAUUCAAGGGUGUCGAUCAAGCCGAACUUGUGCCGGCCUCCAUUGCAAACAUCAAAUGCCCUCAACUGGUGAUAAAGUUCUAUGAGGAACGGCUUUCGUGGUACUCGGAUGGUGAGGAUUAAACACGCAUCUACACGUGUUUUACAAACAAAAUUACAAGUGACGAGGAUCAUCCACGUCCGAGUUAUAGUUAUAUAAUAAAAUAUAAACAAAAAUCAAUUUGUAUACUUUCCAAAAAAAAAAAACAAACAAAAACAAAAAUGUUAUCAACCAUACAAACAAAAAUGUGGAGGCAUACAUUUAUACAAAAUCAUAAUGCGGAAUAUACUUUCCCACUAAAAACAACAAAACAUUUCAAUUUUAAUUUUCUUCUCUUCUUACUCUCUCACGAAGAGAAUUAAAGAAAAAUUCAAAAAACUAAACAAAACAAGAAACACAGGCCACUAAAAACCUACAACACCACACCGACCUACCUACAACUAAUAAAACGUAUGUAAGAAUAGUUUAAACAACAAACUGUCCCCUCAUAGGACGGCUCCUGCUGCUGCUGGAAUCAUUGUAUUGUAUUAGAGAUCUGUAGUCUUCAAAAAAAUAUUGUUCCCCUUUUUUUAAUAAAAAAAACUUUAUCAUAAUUUGUUUGUUCUCACCACUCGACUUUUGAGCGAGAGUUGUGCUAUGAAAUAACUCCUUAAUAACAAAAAUUACCUUAAUUCAUUAUUUUAUAAAUAUAAUAUUUUCAUUAGACCUGAAAAUUGAGCGAAACAAAAGAAAAAAUAUAAAUAAAUAUGUUAAUUAUUAUUUCAUUGGUUUUCUAGUAAUUAAAGAAAAAUUUUUAAAAAUUCCCAAGGACAUACUCGAGAGAACAUCCUCAACAAAAAGAAAAAAAAAAAAACCAAAACAAACAAACGAAUGCCUUUUCCAUCUUAAGCAGUUAUUUAAAAAACGAAAAAGAUAUUUUAGUUAAAAAUAAUAAUAAAAAAUCAAAUCAAAUGAA